UUCCCCUGCCCCAAGGGAACCUCCGCAAACAAAUUCCCCACCCCUACCACGGCCGACGAUGUCCUCCGCCCCCGACGCCGAUCACUGCGACGCCGGAACCAUCAUGGCCGACGUCCUCUCCAAGGGCCGCGAGUCCUGCUACAAGGCCCGAGACGCCUUCUACGCGUGCGUGGAGAAGCACGCGGACAAGAAGCCCACCGAGAUCGCCACCAUGGGGCUCCUCUUCCCCGCCGACUGCAAGAAGUCCCGCGCCCAGUACGUCAGCAGCUGCCGCCCCUCCUGGGUGAGGCACUUCGACCGGCAGCACUGCGCCAAGAAGCGGGUGCAGAGGCUGCUCGACGGCGACGACGACGGCCGGGGUCCCAUGUCGCUGCCCCAGCCCUACACGUUCAAGCAAUAAGUGGCGCUGACGAUGGGCCUGUCCUUUGUACGAACCGAAUCUGGCCGAGAUGGUAUUGGUUUAUUGUUCUCUAGUCAUUCCUGCCGAGAUGGAUGCUUAUCUGCUGCCUAGUAUGUUGAGGAAACUGUGAAUCUGUGACUUCGUAGCGAUCAUGACCGUUGUUGUAGUGCUCCUGUUAUCCUAAUGACCUCGUGACUCCUGGCCUUUCAUGCUUUGUUUCGAUGGAUGAAAGUUGAGAUGUGGAAUAAUAUUGCGGAGGGAUGGUUAUUGCCAGGUGCCA